AUGAACUUGCCUAGAGCUGAGCGCCUUCGCCCCACACCUCCGCGCAGCCUCCGGGGUUCCGAUGGGGAAGACUGUGAGAUCAAUAUCCUGGGAGAAGGGGAAGAUGAAGAGGAGGAAGAUGAGGAACCCGAGGGAAACCAGCGGUUCCCAGAGCCUCUGCACCAGCCGCAGCCACAGGAGGCGCGGUUUAUCGCUGGCGCGCUUCCCGGAGAGCACACCGAGAGCAGCGGCGGCCCAAGCAACUCUUCCGAAUUCUGCCCCAAGUUCGGGGUCUCGACGGGGUCUGCAUUGGCCUCUCGGGACGCCCAGCAGCCGGCGAAGCCCCCCUACUCUUACAUCGCGCUCAUCACCAUGGCCAUUCUGCAGAGCCCGCACAAGCGCCUCACGCUCAGCGGCAUCUGUGCCUUCAUCAGUGGCCGCUUCCCUUACUACCGCCGCAAGUUCCCCGCCUGGCAGAACAGCAUCCGCCACAACCUCUCCCUCAACGACUGCUUCGUCAAGAUUCCCCGCGAGCCAGGACACCCGGGCAAGGGCAACUACUGGAGCCUGGACCCCGCCUCCCAGGACAUGUUCGACAACGGCAGCUUCCUUCGGCGCAGGAAGCGCUUCAAGCGCCACCACCCACCUUCCGGAGCCCACUUGCACCACCCCUUCCCCUUACCCGCUGCACCCGCUGCCCUGCACGGCUCCUACCCGGGCAUGCUGCUCGGGUCACCGACCCCGCCGCAGCCUGUCCCUGGGGUCUAUACCGCCUCCACCCCCGGGAGCCGCCCGUGCGCGCUGCUACAUCCUCACCCCCUCCGCUACCUGCUGCUCUCCGCCCCGGCCUACGCUGAGGUUCCCAGGAAAGCGCAAGGCGCGGAUCUGGGGACCCCCGGCGCCCUUCCGGCGCUGCAGCCCACGUUAGACUCCCAGCCAUGGGAAGAGAGCAAGGGGCCGGCGUCGCGGCCAGCUGGCGGAUGCACCUCCUUCAGCAUCGAGAGUAUCAUGCAAGGGGUCCCGGGAGCGGGUGCAGGCGCUGCGCAGAGUCUGCCCCCGACCCCGUGGGGUUACUGCCACCUGCUGCAGCGUUCGUCGUGCCUAAACUGCAAGUAUUAUUCCCAAGUCCAGUGCAGAAUGCUUGUGCCCUUUAUAUCUUCCUGA